AUUGUUUUAAUUUUUUUUCAAAAUCCGAACCCAAUUAGAUAAAUAAAUGGAGAUUAGAUAAAUUUAAACGCAAAGCUAAUUCCGAUUCACUUCGUCGUCGCAACCCAAUUUUCCACCGUCUCUGCUAACAAUGGACGGCGAAGAAGAAGAUGAACAAGUGAUAUCUGAAGAAGUUGAAGCCAUGAAAUCCGUUUAUGAAAACGAUUGUACCAUUCUCAAUUCCAUCCCUCCUCACUUCCAUUUAUCCCUCAAACCCAGAACCGCUGAUGUUUCCUCUCACCAGUUUGUAGAAAUUGUUCUUGAGGUACAUGCAACUCCACAGUAUCCAAAAGAACCUCCUUCUGUUGCUAUUGUGGAUUGCAAGGGUUUGGAUCAACAUAGACAAAAGCAUUUAUUGAAUCAUAUUCAAACUAAAGCCAACGAGCUUUCCCCUGGAUUAAUGCUCGUAGCUCUUUGUGAGGAAGCUGUAGAGAAACUCUCAGAUAUGAAUCAUCCUGAUGGUGAUUGUCCAUUGUGCUUAUUCCCAUUGGUGACAGAAGAACACCAAAGUGAAACCUUGCCUUUUAUGAAGUUAAUGUCUUGCUUUCACUGUUUUCACAGUGAAUGUAUCAUUAGAUGGUGGAAUUGGCUUGAGAGUUCUAAACAAACAGGGUCUUCCAAAUCAGAUAAUGCAACGGCUCGCCGUAACAGGGAUAAUCAUGAAAAAUUGGAAGAGGGUGCUGGAAACUGCCCUGUCUGUCGCAAACCUUUUCAUGCCAAAGAUUUGGACCAUGUGCUUGACCUAGUUGGCUCACAUUCUUCCAGAGAGAGUUUGAAUAGUGAAGUCGAUAAUGAGGAAAACAUCCUUCAAUCUGAGGACGAGAUCAUCAGAAAACAAAGGUUUGAAGCCAUCUUAAGUUUACAGAAGGAGAACAAUGGUUUGAUUGAACCGAAAAAAGAUAUAGUAAUAUUGCCUGGUAUGUAUCUUCAACAACCGGUUGCAGUGCCCGACUCCACGUCAACCAAGGAACCUAAUGAGACUGAACAACAACAUGAAAGUGAUCCACCUGCAGUUGGGUCUGGAAAACACGUUAGUGGGACCUCAAAUGGACCUAGUUCUAGUGGGAACAGGAAUUUUGGUGCAAGGAGGCAUAGACCAAGAGGUGAUCAUCAUCAUUCUAGUUCAACUGCAAGACCAAGAGAUGAUAAUCAUCACUCUAGUUCGACUGCAAGACCAAGAGAUGAUCAUCAUCACUCUAGUUCAACUGCAAGACCAAGAGAUGAUCAUCACCACUCUAGUUCAACUGCAAGACCAAGAGAUGAUCAUCAUCACUUUAGUUCGACUGCAAGACCAAGAGAUGAUCAUCAUCACUCUAGUUCAACUGCAAGACCAAGAGAUGAUCAUCAUCACUCUAGUUCAACUGCAAGACCGAGAGGUGAUCAUCAUCAGUCUAGUUCGACUGCAAGACCGAGAGGUGAUCAUCAUCAGUCUAGUUCGACUGUAAGACAUCCAAGAAAACCAGUCCAACAAUGGGUUAGAAGAGAUACUCCUUGCGGUAAGCAAUAGAAGCUAUAUGCUAUCUUUCAUUGCUAUAGAACAUAUCAUAUGAAGGUUCAGAGUGCAAAGAAAUGUACCAAAGGUGUAGGAAAAUAUCACAGGUAGAGAGUAGAGGUAGGGUAUCCUUUCGGAAAAUAUCACAGGUAGAGAGUAGAGGUAGGGUAUCCUUUUGGUUGAAGGAACAGAAAGAAGCAAAAUAAGGAAAAAUUCAUAUUCUUUUUGAAUUUUAUAAUUUUUGUUUUCAUUUGGAAUAUUCCAUGUAAUUUAUUUUUUAAUCAACAAUCAAGUUAUACAUUCUGCAUUUCCUCAAGAUGGCAUUUCCACUAUAAAUGUUGAAGAUUUCAAUUUGAAGUUGGGAAAUUAUCACA